AUGGACAUGUCGCAGUACGUGAAAAUAUCACCAAAGACGAGCAUUCAUAUGCUGCCUGAUAAAAAAUACGAGAUCAUCGUCGAAUUCAAUGCCAAACAACGAUUGGAAGAGUUUGUAGAAAAGAUUUUCUACGAAGUUCAUGACUACGCGCUACCCCUAUGCGUAGUGAAAGGCUCUUAUGUAGCUCCCGAAUUUUCUCUGGACAAAAAUAUGCUAACAUUCGCUAAUGUUGUUCUGGGAUGUCAUCGUGACAUGUACAUCCUCUUGCAAAACACCGGCGAUUUGAAAGGAAGAUUCAAAUGGGUCGUCGACAGAAAUGAUCAGUUUGAGAUACAUCCGAUGGAUGGCGUUAUCAUGCCUAAGACUGUAAUGAAGAUAUGUAUAACCUAUCGGCCUAAAGUGAUGCAAUGUCAGUUAAUAUUGAAGAGCAAAUGUAUAAUAAAUGGAGUAACCCAUCUACCUCUUGCUAUCGUUGCUAACUCGGUAAACUGGCCAAAUCCUGCAGAGCACCUCACUUUUUUUUGUCCAAUAAGGACCGAGACAUCCCAAACAGUAACGUUGUACAACAAUACCAAAGUUACAUGGAACCUGAAGCCUAUUUUGACUGGAGAAGAAUUUAUAAUACCAGACGAAAUAAUGAUUCCUGCGGAGACGAAUUAUUUGCUUCACAUCAGUUACGUUCCAAGAGCAAUGAACAGCCCACAUAAGAAACUGCAUAAAGAAACGUUGAAGGUUGAAAAUUGGUUGAACAGACAGCAAACAUUCACGGUGAAAACUGAGUUGAUCAGUACACCUACGAUUAAAAGUAUUUACAGGGUGACUGGAAAGGAAGUGAUUGCACUACCACCAAAUGCAACGAAGAAAUACAAUUGGAACAUUUAUGUUGUUAACGAGGAACCACUGAAAUUCAGGGUGACAUUCACUAAUCCAGACACAAAAGAAUAUCUUUGCUACGAAAUAUCCCUGAAACUUCUACCAAGCGGACCUUUGGAUGCCAUAUACAUAGAGACGUGCCUUCGGGAACUGAAGAAAGUCACGAUUAAACUUGAGAAUCCGAUCAACAUACCGGUCACAUUCUUCAACGAAUGUCGCCUGCCAGAUAUCUUGUACAAGAAGGUUGUUACUAUUCCACCUCACAGCACGCAUAACUUGGAAUUGUGCUACUUUCCAAUAAAGGUAGAUAACUCUCGAUGGAAUUUUGAGGUGAAAAGUGAUGAGCUGGGAAUGUUUAUAUACUCCUUGAACGUAAAAGCUAACCCUCCACUUGUAGAAAAGGUUGUCCGUUUCGAGACAGAACUAGGAGAAAAAUCUUUUGCUUCAGUUAGCUUGCGUAAUAAUUUCACGGUACCUGUGGAACUCAAUGGAAAGUUUGAAAAUCCUGCAUUUUUGUUGGAAAGUUCGACAGCUAUUUUGCCAGGAGAAGAAGGAAGAUACAUGUUUUGUUUUGAACCAUUUGAACUAGGAAUAACGAAAUGCAAAGCGGUACUUUCUUCACCAAUGACAGGAGAUUUCAUAUAUCCACUAACAGGCGAAUGUACACCGCCAAAACCCAAAGGACCGUACACGAUAAGAUCCGGAGGCAUGAUCGCUGUAAACUUCACGAAUCCCUUUUUGGAAACCAAAGAGUUCCAUUUCACAUGUGAUAACAAAGAUUUUCUGUUAAGAAACAAUGAAGAGGAGAUACGGGGAAGAAAAAGUACCAACAUAAUCGGUGAUAAUGAGUGA